AAACUUUUGUGUGUGUGUUUUUGUAGGUUGAGAAACUCGCCGCCGGGAUGUUCUACUUUCACUGUCCGCCUCAGUUGGACGGAGAGUGCUGCCGCUCCAGCGCAUUGAAUUCAAGCGGCUUUUCCAACCACGCCCCGGCCGAUUUUGAUGAUGGAUUUCUGCGCAGGAAACAGCGCAGAAACAGAACGACGUUUACUUUACAACAGCUGGAGGCUUUGGAGGCGGUUUUUGCGCAGACUCACUAUCCGGACGUGUUCACGCGGGAGGAACUCGCCAUGAAGAUCAACCUGACCGAGGCCAGGGUUCAGGUUUGGUUUCAGAACCGCAGAGCGAAGUGGAGGAAGACCGAGCGAGGAAGUUCGGACCCUGAAGGAGGGAAAGAACAACAGAUGAGUGAAGGCACUCCUCCAUCUCGCAGCAUCAGCUCUCAGUCACCGGUGGACCAGAACAGGAAGCAGAAAGAGCCACUGGAGAUGCAGCAGAGUAUCAACAGGACUGUGGGUCCUGCAGGUUCGUUCUUCCCAUCUUAUCCAGGGACCCUCCUCAACUCUGCCACCUACGCUCAGGCCCUGUCACAGGUCGCAACGCUCAAAGGGAACGGCCUGUGCUCCUGCUGUGUGUCUGACCCCAUGGGCCUGUCCUUCCUGCCGCCCUAUGGUUGCCAAGGCAACCGCACAGCCAGCGUGGCUGCCCUGCGCAUGAAGGCCCGUGAGCAUUCUGAGGCUGUGCUACAGUCUGCCAACCUGCUAGGAGCGGCACCCGGGCCCGGAUCCGGACUGGGAGUCCUGUCUGGGGUCGGCAUGUCGAGGCCCACGGUGGGACCGGCUGUCGAGGUUCCCACUGCUGGGGGAAGAGGAGGAGACAGCUCCAGUCCCAGCCCGGCCACCAAGGCUCCGGUCCUGGUUAGCAGUUCUGAAAAACACCCUCACUGCUCCAAGGACACGCUGGAGAAAAAGUGA